AUGGGGAAUCUCAAGCAAGAUCUGUCUCACGACCCUCCUUGUCAUCCACGAGCCUGCGCCAUUCAAGAUUGCUUGACCAAGAAUUCCUACAAAGAGGAAAAAUGCCAGGCACAGAUUGAUGCCCUUUAUGAGUGUUGCAAUGCCUUCUAUCAGCAGCAAGGCGACCAGGCUUCGACCGUGAGCUGCCCCAAAGCGCAUCUACUGCGAUUGAAGAUGAAGCAACGAGCGCAAGCGGCAGAAAGCCAGAGCCAGACAUAG